AUGUUCGGGCAGAACCAACCGCGGUCUCACCACCCUCAUCUGGCCUUAUCCAAGACCGAAUCCCGGAAACAGGUACCACAGGAAAACUGUGUUUACAUGGCCAUUGCUCUGAUGGGCGGUCUGAUGCUGAUCACGAAACCGGCGCUGGUUGUCCUGGCAUUGCUCCUCGUCGGCUACGGUCGGUUGUACCAUGUCGAGCGACAUGAGAAGUCUGCGCGGCCCUGGUCGCGCGAGCAUCGCUCCGAGCCUUACUCCCUGCACUUGGGGCCUGGCCGGGAAGGGUCCGAGCAGAUGCGCGCAAGUUUCCACGAUCUCACCAAGGGGCUGAGUCUUCCGAAAGUGAGGAGCGAGAGGGACAAGAAACUGCAUCUCCGCCAUUGA